AUGGAGAAGUACACAGAGUUCAAUGAUCCUGUUACAGGAAUAAACCCGUACCUCAGGCCCAUAAAGCACAGAAUAACGCUUCUUUCGCUGGUGUUUAGAAUGCUUUUAGUCCGUGCAAUGCUCUGCCUCCCCUUCUUUCUUUACAAGCAUCUGAAAGGGAGUUAUGCACAAGUCAAGUACGAAAAGAAAGAGACAGUAGACGCACUAAGAAAAAAUCGGGUCUUCAUGUGCACGUACACGUGCAUAUUUGACACGUCUGUGCUCUACCAGGUGCUUAAUAACCCCUCCAUCUACAUCAUACGGGGCACCCAGGUGCUGCUUAUAGACAACAAGAACAUGCUAAGAGCAUCGAGCAAGGCGCAGGUGCUUGAAGAGAUAGAAGCCGGAAAAUAUGUGGUCUUUCUGAUAGGCGGCGGCAUUACAAACGGAAAAGUCCUUGUGAGCACUUCGGACAUAGAAGAAAUAUUCGACGUUGAGCGGGUCAUUUCUCUCCAGUAUGCGCCCAGCCUUGCAUACGACAUAAGCCUGUUCGACCUUAAAGUCUACCCCCAGUUCAGAAGCAAAAUAAGCUCGUUCAUAUACCAUCUGAUGUACUAUGCCACGCUGCAGGCGCCCCCUAUGUGCUACAUCUCAGUGCACCACACUCUCUACGACAUGUCGGAAAAAACAGGCGUGGAGGUCUCGAAGGCUCUGGACUCAAAAACAACCCUGAAGUUUCUAAAGAUGUUUGGGUUUGAUGAAUAA